UAUAUAACUGCCAAACGACCCUUCCUUUCAAACCACUCUCUCUCUCUCUCUGACUUCUUCUUCCUCCUCCUCCUUUUCUCUCUCUUAAACUCUAACCAUGUGGGCAACAGAUAGUCAGGGUUCCUUCCUGAAUCGAAUAAGCAUUCGCAGGAACCAGGUGGUCUCAAUGGAGGGCAACCAUGAACAAGAGCUCGAAGACCUUGAACUCUUCCAGAAACACGUCGCCGAUCGCUUCUCUGAUCUCCUCCCUCCACAAUCUUCCACCACCGCCGCCGCCGCGGCCGAUUCCUCUACCGUUGAAAGCCCUUCCUCCGCCGAUCCCCUCCUCUCCAUUUCCUGGUUCAGAAAAAUCCUCGACGCAUUCCUCUGCUGCGAGGCCGAAUUUAAGGCGGUCCUCGUGAUGGGCCGCGACGCCUCCCAAUUCACCAAACCACCGCUCGAUCGUCUCAUCCCAGAAUUCCUGGACCGUGCCGUCAAAGCCCUAGACGUCUGCAAUGCCAUCACCCACGGCCUCGAAUUGGCGCGUCACUGGCAGAAGCUUGCUCAGAUCGCUGUCACCGCCCUUGAACACCGACCCAUUGGAGAGGGACAAGUCCGACGCGCCAAAAAGGCUCUGAACACUCUGCUCACGUCCAUGGCUUUGGACGAUAAGGAGGGAAAUCACGGCAAAUCUACCGAGCGUACAUGGUCUUUCGGGCGGAGGGGCGGCGGCGGGACCAAGGACAGGACCGCCGGGAACUUCCGGCCGCUGUCGUGGAGCGUGGCGAAGUCUUGGUCGGCGGCGAAGCAGAUCCAGGCGAUGUCUUCGAAUCUGGUGGCGCCACGUGGAGGGGAGUCGACGGGACUGGCUCUGCCUGUAUAUAUAAUGAGUACGGUUUUGGUGUUUGUGAUGUGGACAUUGGUGGCGGCGAUUCCGUGUCAGGAACGGGCUGGGCUGGUGACCCAUUUUCCGCUGCCGAGGCAAUUGGUGUGGGCUCAGUCCAUAAUUGGGCUGCAAGAUAAGAUUGGGGAGGAGUGGAAGAAGAAGGAGAAAAAGGGGAUUAGUGGGUUGUUAGAGGAGGUACAGAGGAUGGAGAAGUUGGCCCAGUCUUUGGUGGAAUUCGCCGACAAUUUCCAAUACCCGGUGGAGGAGGAGAAGGCGGAGGAGGUGGCGGCGCAGGGGGCGGAGCUGGGGGAGGUUUGCCGGAAGAUGGAGGAUGGUUUGAUUCCAUUACAACAACAAGUGAGGGAAGUAUUUCAUAGGUUGGUGAGGAGCAGGACAGAGGUGCUUGAUAUACUUGAUCAAUCUGGUAAAUUGUCUGCACCGGUUCCAUACUGAUUUGAAAUCAAUAUCAGUCUAAUUGAUUGUACAUUUUUUUUUUCUACAAGUCAUGUCAUGUUUUUUUGAAAGUUUUGGGGAUGAUGUUAUGAUUUUAGGUAUAAUAUGUUUAUGGGUGAUAUAUACAUGGGUAUACCAUGUUAGGUAUUUUUUGAAGGGAUUUAGCUUAUAGGCCACUAAGGUAAUGAUGAAGCAGUCAUUGCUUUAUGUGAUAAUGUACCACUCCCUUUUUAUUGUUAUCUAAUGUAUUCUGCCAAAUUAGCAGAAGUUUUCCUUCAGAAGAAAUGUAUGUAUAUGACAAAUUUGUUUUCCAA